AUGCAAAACGAAAAAACUAUUGGAGAAUACUCUUAUCUUAUUUCGAAUUAAUCCAAAGUCGGAGCAGGAUAAUUCGGUCAUGUUUAUAAAGGAUAUCAUAACAUAACAAAGUAACAAGUAGCAAUUAAAUAAAUUGAUAAAAAAUUAGUGAAAGGUAUCUUUGAGUAGAUGUUAAGACAUGAAAUUGAAAUUCUUUAACAAUUGAAUCAUAAAUAUAUAGUAAAAAUGUAUGCACAUUAUGAAACUAUUAACAACUUUUAUAUUAUCUCUGAAUAUUGUGAAACAGGUAUUACGCUAUAAUUUUUAAUAGAUAUUUUAUCAAUACUGAAGCAGCAAAGAUAGAUAAAUGAGGAUUAAGUUAUAAUGUAUAUUCUAUAGAUAUCAGAAGCAUUAUUAUAUUUAAAUUAGAAAUGUAUUUGAAUAAAUUUAUAUAGAAAUAAUACAUAGAGAUAUUAAACCAUCAAACAUAUUAAUUCAUAAUGGAGAAGUAAGAUUGGCUGAUUUUGGAUUUGCAAUCUAAUAAGAUAAGCUCAAAUUUGAGGAUAGAAAAUUAUAAGUAGGAUCUCCUUUAUAUAUGUCUCCUGAAACCUUAUUAUAACAAGAAUACAAUCAUAAAACUGAUAUUUGGUCUUUGGGAAUAUUGUAUUUUGAAAUGAUUUUUGGUAUUGUUUUUAAUUUAUUUUAAGGGGUGGUGCCCUUCUUUUCAAUGGAAUUGGAGGAUUUAAUUAUAAAGCUAAAGUAAUAUUAGUUAGAUAAUGUUUUAUUUUUUAAACAUCCUAUUUCAGCUGGUAGUACUGAGGCAAUUAGAAAUUUAUUAGCUUAUGAUCCUAAAAAUAGAUGUGAUUUAAUAUAAUUGGCUUAAAUUCUGCAAAAAUAUCUCAGAAACAGAAAAUCAAUGACAAAUAGUGCACAUAUAGAAAAAAGACCUACAACACCAUAGAUUUAAAGAAGAAAUACUCCAGAGGUAACUCCAUAGAAUAAUAGUAUUAUUAUAUCUGGGAGUAAAGGUCUUGUUAAAAUUAAUACUAUUUCUGCAUAAAAGCCAUAUAAAUAAACAACAUAUUAUAAUAAAAAUAAUUCAUAAGAAUUAAAAAGAAUAGGAGAUCAUAUAAAAAAUGAUUCAUUUACAAAAUAGAAAUUUGGUUUGGUUAAGUAAAAAGAUUAUAAUGAUAUAAAAAAUAUGAAUAAUGAAGAUUAUUUAAAUUUUAUCAUUGAUAAAUUGGAAAAUUUAAAAAAGAUUCAAUAAUAAGAUGUAUUGAUUAAAAAUCUAAGUGAAUGCUAGUUUUUUAUAGUAUGAUAUAUUUUUGAUUAUAGUAUCAAUACUAUGGGACAGAUCAAUAAAAACUUAAAUUUAUUAAAGAAAAGUUAUCAAACCUAUGA